CCAUGGCUACCGAGCCCGAGACCCCUGUGGCCGCCUCCGCUGCGGAGCCCGCGGUGCCGUCGCUUGUGGAUCGCUACUUCACUCGCUGGUACAAAGCGGAUGUCAAAGGAAAACCCUGUGAGGACCACUGUAUACUCCAACACUCUAACCGAAUAUGUGUCAUCACACUGGCAGGAUCCCAUCCAGUUCUUCAAAGUGGAAAAGUAAUUAAAAGCAUUUCCUAUCAAAUCAGUACCAACUGUAGCAGGCUUCAGAACAAAGUCUCUGGGAAAUUUAAGCGGGGGGCACAGUUUCUAACAGAGCUUGCACCUCUGUGUAAGAUUUACUGCUCUGAUGGAGAAGAAUACACCAUAUCUAGCUGUGUUAGAGGACGGUUGAUGGAAGUGAAUGAAAACAUUCUCCAUAAGCCAUCUCUUCUUCAACAGAAGCCAUCCACCGAAGGAUACAUUGCAGUUGUGUUGCCCAAGUUUGAAGAAAGUAAAAGCAUAACAGAAGGGUUACUGACACAAAAGCAGUAUGAAGAAGUCGUGGUGAAACGCAUCAAUGCCACAACAGCGACCUCAUGAGGAUUAAGAUUGAGUAAAAACAUCAGGGCAUUCAUAUCCUUACCUGGCCUACCAGUCAGUGCACUAAGGAAGAACCAGAGAUGCUGAAGCAUACUUCACACCCGGCCAUCCGCAGGGAGGCCUGAUCUUAAAACCUGACCUAGGUUUCCUUCUUUGUCUUGCAUAACAAGCCUUGAUUCCAUUUUGUCUUCAGCCUCCCAGAUCUGCCUGCCCAUGUACUCACUCUGUUCUUUUGCUUUUCUCUUUCUAACAACUGGCAAGCGACAGACGUUUUUCUGAUUAAAAACCAACAAAGCACUUUGAGGAAAA